UUUUUGAAUAUAAAAAUUGGGAAAUAUCAGUAAUCUGAUAGCUUCAUUGGUUUGUAACUUAAAAUUUAACGUAUCAUGGGUUGUCCAGUGGAGGAAAAUAACAAUGACAUAUUCCUGAUGGAUAGUGAUAAAUUAAAGCAUUAUACUCCCGAAAAGAAUCGGUUUCUAAUUUCUUGUAAUUCUUUUUUAGGUCGAGAUUUAAUCUGCAUCCAGUCUGUGGAUGGGAUGCUGAUGGUGUUUGAGCAGGAAAGCUUUGCUUUUGGGAGAUUUCUCCCUGGUUCCCUUCUGCCUGGUCCUCUUGCGUACAGUUCCCGUACAGAUUCCUUCAUUACUGUCUCCUCUUGCCGACAAGUGGAAAGUUAUAAGUACCAAGUACUUGCUUUUGCAACAGAUGCAGAUAAAAGGCAGGAGACUGAACAUCAAAAACUUGGUUCUGGAAAAAGAUUAACUGUGGAUUGGACUCUAAAUAUCGGAGAGCAAGCCCUUGACAUACGUAUUGUCUCUUUCCAUCAGUCAGCAUCCUCCGUUUUUGUUCUUGGUGAGAGAAACUUUUUUUGCCUUAAGGAUAAUGGACAAAUUCGAUUCAUGAAGAAGCUUGAUUGUAGCCCAAGUUCUUUUCUCCCAUAUUGUUCAGUUUCUGAAGGAACAGUAAAUACUUUGAUUGGAAACCAUAAAAGCAUGUUGCAUAUUUAUCAGGAUGUGGCACUGAAGUGGGCCACUCAACUUCCCCAUAUUCCUGUGGCACUAAGAGUGGGCUGUUUGCAGUAAGUGAUUUAAUUUAAUGCAGUUUCAUUAAAGGAUCUUUGUGAAUAAUG